AUGUAUCAACGAAGAAUUCUACUUGUGGCCACUUCGACCACUCUAAUAAAUUCAAAACAUACGUCUCGUCAUCAUAGUUCUACAUUCCUUCAAUCAAAAUUUCGGAUUCGAAAUUAUUUGAACAAUCAUAGAUCAUGUUCGUUUAAAUACACUUGCCACAAGCGUAAUAUUUCAACAAUUUACGAUCUUAAGAACAUAUCUAAAACUUUUGUUUAUCAAUCUUCGAAUCCUUCCUCGCAGUUCAGCGAGCCACCUUCAAAUUUCGAUCAUUCUACGUCUCAAUUAUCCUCCGCCCUUCCUAAUGAUAAUCAAAACCAAAACAAUGAUUUUUAUAAACCUUCUUUAGUGAUCAUUAUUGGUUGGUGGAAUUGUAAAUUGAACAAUUUACGUAAAUAUAUUUCUUUAUACACCGACAAAUUUCAUGUGGAUACUUUGUCUCAUAUACCACCAUUUUAUCAUCUUUUUCUUCCUUGGGUCGUCCCUGAUGCUGUUACCCACCUCGCCAAAGAAUUAAUUGGUGUUUGGAUUGAACGUGGUAGACCCGAUAAUAUUGGCUUCCAUGUUUUUAGUGAUAAUGGUACUUACCACUAUGCUAUGCUAUGUGAGGCUGUUAGAAAUUUAGCCAAUGUUAAUUCUAACACGCUUUUCUCCAAAAAAAAUACACCCGCUAUAUCAAGUACUGAUGCCGAGUUGUUUUUAGAUUCUAUAAAAUCUUGUGUUAUAGAUUCUGCACCUUCUCCGAUUGAUGAAAAAUAUGUUGCAUUAGGCAUUAUGGGUGGCUUCUUAAAUAAAACUUCUUCGCUAAUUACUGCCUCUGAUCCCUUGCAUAAAAAUGAUGUUAUCCAACUAACGGAACCACCGACUAUUUUAAUCAAUUUCUUGUCAAUAUUUUUUACUCUGCCAAUCGUAAAAAAAUACCAAACAUUCGCACAUAAAGCUCUGAACAACAUUCCUGGCGGGGCAUUUGAUGGUAGAAAUGUUAAUUAUUUAUUUUUAUAUGGUCCUGGUGACCAAAUUGUUCCUGAGGAAGUCGUUAUCAAAUUUAUAAAUAGAUUAAAAAAUAGAAAUGGUAUCUACAUUGGUGAAAAAUCUGGUAAUUUAAAAAUUGUUGAAAAAAGAUUUUAUCCAGAUAGUAAGCAUGUACAACAUUUCUUGAAAUAUCCCGAUGAAUACAUUAAUGCUUUAAAAUUAUUUUAUGGAAUAAACAAAUAA